GCGGCCAUUUUGCGUUAUCGGUUUUCGCGUGUGUGAGUGUGUACAGUGUGUAACUACCGAAAUCUGCGCUGCGUAUACUUGUUAGUCGUAGCGAUACGUAGGAUUGUUAGAGCGUCCCGCUGAUUGUAAUAAGUCGCUCUGAUAAUUCGACGAGAAGAUGGGACGCAAGAAGAAGAAGCAGUCGAGACCCUGGUGUUGGUAUUGCAAUCGGGAAUUUGAAGAUGAGAAGAUUCUCAUUCAACAUCAGAAGGCAAAGCAUUUUAAAUGUCAUAUUUGUCAUAAAAAACUAUAUACGGGACCAGGGCUUAGUAUACAUUGUAUGCAGGUACAUAAAGAGGCAAUAGACAAAGUACCCAAUUCAUUGCCAAAUCGUAGCAAUAUCGAAAUAGAGAUUUAUGGAAUGGAAGGCAUUCCGCCAAAUGACGCAAAGGAACAUGAAAGACAGCGAAACGGCGGCAGGCCAGGUACACCAUCGUCCGGCGAGGACGAACCCGUACAGAAGAAGGCGAAACCGGAGGGUCUGCUGGGUUCCGCGCCGGGUGCGAUGUCUGGUAUGGCAAGCGGAUUACCUGGAAUGCCGCCACAACCUGGUAUGCCACCAUUGCCUGGUAUGGCGCCGCAUCACGGCAUGGCGCCGCAUCAUGGUAUGCCACCGCAUCCCGGUAUGCCUCCUAUGCAUCCUAUGAUGUCGAUGGGCCACGUAGGACCUCCGUUCAUGGGCCCAGGCAUGAUGCCUGGUAUGUCAGGCAUGCCUUCUGGUAUGCAACCGCCAGUUUCGGGUGCAUCGAUUCCGGCGCGUCCGCUAUUUCCUAGCGCGGCCGUUUCAACGGCGGUAUCGACGGCAGUGUCGGUCACCGGUUCCGCACCUCUAGGCACGGACUUUAAGCCGAUCACAUCUGUGGCCAGCGGUGGCGGUUCCAUAGGGCCGGUAAAGCCGACAUUCCCCGCUUAUAGCAGUGCCGGCGAAGGCAUUUCCGCAGCCGCAAACAAUCUCACCGGUGGCGGCGAUCAAAAGGUGAAUCUUAUCGCAACUACCGGAGCCGCCAGUAAAAUCAUUCACCCUCCGGAAGAUCUCAGUCUAGAAGAGAUAAGGGCAAGGCUGCCUAAGUAUCAACGUCGACAGACCGAUGAGUCUGGACGGUCGGCGCAAUCGGAGGCAGCGGCGGCAGCAGUUGCAGCUGCGGCUGCGGCAGCUGCAGCGGCAAACCAACAGCAACAGGCCGCCGCGUUGCAACAAGCAGCAGCGCAGCAGCAGCAAGCAGUGCAACAGCAACAACAACAAGUGCAACAACAACAGCAGCAGGCGGCUGCGAACGUGGCGGCAGCCGCGUUUCAGGCGGACCAGCAGCAGCGGCAACAACAGGCGGCAGCGCUAAACGCAUUGCAACAACAACAACAAAGGUACCCGCGGCCGCCGCAAGCGGUCAUGGUACCGGCCUCGGCGGCUGCGAUGCCGGUCAGCUCGGUGGCGUUAAUGGCGCCUCUAAUGCGACCCACCAUGACUUUAGCGCCUGCUCUCAUUCAUGGAGGUAACAUGAUGCGACCGCCCCCCAUGGGCCUGCCACCAGGGCGCCCGGUCACUCCUCGGUGAGUGUCGAACGAACCCAGUCUGGUUACUAAAACCGUGUUUUACAAUACAAGCGCUACAAGGUUGGUCCUUAGCAAUUAGCAUGCGGUGACAUGGCCUAUAUAUCUAUAUACAUAUAUAUAUCUAUAUAUCUUGUUAUAUUUAUUAUUAUUAUUCUUACAUUGUUGAUUAAUCUUGUCAUCAUUGUCAUUAAUACACCUACAUAUGUAUAUAUACGUGUAUACGUAUAAUAUAUAUACAGUGGCACGAAAGCGCUCUUCGAACGGCGAUUUAGAUCGUAGGAAUCUGUUCGAGUAGUUUUCUCAAGCUAUCGUAUAUAUAUUUCUGUAUAUUCGUAAUAUUAUCACUGGACGAGAGUGGGUCGAGCGGCCAAUGACACUUCCUUCUGGAUUCCAACUUUUUCGUCUAAUUUAGAAUUUCGUUUUGGACACGCAUCCUGAUCUGAAAAUGCGUCCUCUCUGGAGAUUAAAGUAACGAAAAAGAUUUUUGAAAAAAUAUGUAGAAUUUUUUAUCAAUCACUAAAAUACAUGAGCGGUCGCUCUCUCUCUCUCUCUCUCUUUUCAUUGGGAUGCAUCUACCCUCGCACAUUAUGCGUUUUUAAAUUAAUGUUAUUUUUAACGAUAUUUUUUCGCAACGGUUCUUUUCUCGUAUCUAUAAUUUAGCAAUUUUAUAUAUACAUAUAUUUUUUUUUUUUUUUUUUUAUCUUUGUGUAGACUCUAUACAAAUCCUAGUACAGUUCAUUGACGAGAGAACAAGAGAAAGAGAUAUUUCCGGCCGCUCGACCGUUACAUUAUUUUUUCAUCAUGUAUGAUUUCUUUGUUUCUUUUACGUUCUCAUCAGCUUCUUUAUUCACACUAUCUCGAUUUAACCAUGUUACUUCUUCUUACGACUCACAUACGCCAUUAUUUACCUCGCCAGCAGCCGUGUUACCAUCCUGUCUCUCUUUUCAGUAUAUUACUUAUAUAUUAUAUAUAUAGCUUGGAAUCCUGGUGUUGUGAUAUAGUAGUGAAGAAACUGCUUCUUUGGGCACGGUACUGACAGUCGUUCGAAGUUGUCGUUCCAAAGAAAAAAAAAAUAGAGGAAAGAAAGAAAUGAUAUAAUUAUGUAACGAUAAUUAUAUUUAUAUUUUCUCUCGCGAUCUGUCCCUUCCUUCUUCGCAUUCGGUUGGUGAUCACUCUGAUAAAGUAAUCAGCGUACUCACGCAUUGAAAUUGCUAUAAUUUCGACAUGUUUAUUUUUCUAUGCUAUACAGAAUGUUGCGGAUCUAUCGAGCCACUUUUAUCUUCCGGUUUUUUGAUAAUUUUGGAAUCAUUUUUUUAUAAGGCAAAAAAAUUAAUAAUAAAAUUUGAGUUAUAAAUAAGCAAGCGUCUUCUUUUCUCGAAAAGAAAAUUUUCUAUUCGAAAAUUAAUUAUAGAAUUUUUUUUAGUCUAAGAUAAAAAGAAUCAUUCGUAAAAAGAUAAUAAAAAAAAAAUUAUUUGUAAAAUAACAAAAUGCAGAUGAUAUAUAAACAAUAUUAUUCUUACUUUAUAUGGUAAAAUUGAUUUUCAAAUUGCUCAAAGAGCAAUGGAAGAUUGAUCGCCAGAUCUGGAGUACCGAAACAAAGUACAAUAAAUAAAUAAGACAAUAAUGGAGCGAAGAGGGAAGGGAUUUAAUUAUAUUCUCACCGUACUCUUCGGUGCAUUUUAUUUUAUUUUAUUUUUGUUUUCAUGGAAAGCGCGAGAAAUUAGCAACGAGAACGAACGUAACGUAUCUCCCUCACACCAUAGCCUAGCUUUUGUGUUACACAAUCAAAAGAUUUUAGAUAAAUUGAGCCAAACAAAACAGUAAGUAAACGACUUCACGUUACCUAGUAUAUCUAUUAAUAACUCUUGCGCUCAACCGAGGGUCCGCUCGAUUAACACGAUAUUUUUCUCUUUAUUAUGUUACGUGAAUAAGUAAGUUGCGUAAAUAUGAAAGAGAGAGCGAGAAAAAGAUAUCGCUUCUCGUGUUGAGCAAUUUGACUUUAUCGAUUUAUUUAACGCGUCGCAGUGCUUAGAAAAUUUCAAGCCAAUUAUUUUAUAUUACUCGAUUGUAUUACAAAACGCUAUAGAAUUCAAGGAUCUCUGGCAUUUGAUUUUGGAUAUUGGAUCUUUUGACAUUUGAACGCGUUUUUGGAGCAUCGCGUCUUGGAAGAUUGGCUGACAGCUGAACGAUCUCUGCGGGCUUUCAUACGUAUAUAAUAUUAUACAAUAUCGACGAAAUAUCGAUUGCGUGUACCCAAGCGAGACUCGUUCUUUGUAUGGUGUGAGGUUUUCUUUGUGUGGUACCACCUUCUUGUCAGUUUUGUUUGUGACUUGUAUUGCGUAUGCGGCGCACUGCAUGCUGAGCUGAGUUCUUCGUACAUAUAUAUAUACAUAUACCUAUCGUAUACAUAUAUCUAGUUUGGAGAUUUGCAUUUAAUCAGAGAUUGCUGGGUAGUACGUAGCACGUGGACUGCCGUGAGCAGGUUUCGGGUACGUGCCAUGACGUAUUUAAAGUAUUGUACUUGAGAAAUAGAGAAUAAAGAAAGAUUCGUCAUCUCGAUUUUCACAAAGAAGCGCACUUUGCUUAGAAAUCGAAAAUUCUCCCUUGACCGAUUAAUAUUUAUCUCGGUGAGUAGAGAUAGAUUGUUGAAAAGUGCUCUUCGAUCGAGUAGUCGAUUGAAGAAAAUUAAUCGAAUAACAUCUCGCGAACACUCUGAUAUGAAUUUCUUCCGGUGCAGUGUAAUCGUUCAGCUGUCAGAUAACUUCUUCUUCGGCGAAACAUGGGUCUGAACCGUACUUUAGAUUUGAAUAUUAUUGUACCAUUCAAUUACUUAUUCAUUAUAAAUGUAAAUCGGGAUUAAAAGGCUAAAUUAUAUCAAAAAAUUUUGAAUUUACAAUUUUUUAAUAAAAUAUUGCGUGUGUAAUAAAUUUUUAUUUUAAAGAGGAAUUUAAUAUGUUGUCUUUUGUCGGGAUUUUAAUUAUAUAUUUAUUAAUCCUUAAAUAUAAAAUUUUACCUCUUGCAACAGAUUUUUUAAAUUUACUUAUUAUCGCUUUUCAAAUUUUUAUUUUGAAUUAUAUAUUGUAUAUAUAUUGCAUCAAUAGUUUUUAUAUACAUAUUACCACGCCACUGAAAAUUUAUUUUGGAUGAAAAAUUUAGCUCAACACUGAUCUAAUCGAAAAAAAUUAAUCUUGAGUAUCGAAAGAUCUAGUUUUGAUAUUAAAAUAAAUUUUCAUUUGAAAAAAGUUUUAAUCCUUAAUUUUUAUUUUUAUUGCAUAAACUGUGUGGGUCAGAAUUAUUUUCUUUAAACCAUUAGAAAUUUUUUAAGAUUAAAUUCAUGGCGUCACGGCAAUUCCACGACUUUUUUUAUGCUGAAGAACACGUGGUCCUCCAAAAACGAGCAUAAUAUGACGAAAUAAUAAAAGUUACAAGAAGAAAACACGAAAGAUUAAAAUUAAUACAAUACAUGCAGGAUUCAUUUCUUAUCUUGUAACGUGAAUAGUUGCAACGUAAGUAUAUCGGGGACUUCGAACACCAUUCAAAGAGGGCGAGAGAGAGAGAUCCUAUUAUGGGGGAUACCGUGAAUAUGACGCCGCCUCGCGCGGCGUCAAGAUCGGAUAAUAAAAAAACAAAAAAAAAAAACACGUGUCCAGCGCACGUGGGCGACAUACUUUUUCUUUUUUCCCCCGCAAUCGGUCGCGGAACGAACUGAUCUGACGCUGCGUUACUUUGCAGGCAUGAUAGGAGCCAUACCACCGGGCGCCGCGAUGCAUCCGGCUUUCGCCGCCGCGCCGAUGGGCUUUCCUGGGCCGAUGUUGGCGCCGAUGAUGCAUCCGCGCUUCAGAUGAUCACCCCCUAUGGACGGGCCCAACCCCCCGCCGCUGCACUUCGUGCUGUGGGCCCGCCCCUAAUUUUCGUAGGGUCUGGACCUGAUUGAGGAAGAGAUAGACAAAAUCACACAUACACGAAUCAGAAAGAGAGAGAGAAAGAGAGAGAGGGAGAGAGAGAGAGAGAGAGGAGACAGAAAGAGAUAACGAAAGAGAGAGCAAACAGGAGAUCCACGCGGUAAAAAUCGCACUCUGCACUCUCUCACGGUUUUUUAUUUUAUUUUAUUUUAUUGUUGAAUAAAACAAGACGAUAUACGGAGAGAAAGAAAGAAGGAAAGAAUGAAAGAGAGAGAGAGAGAGAGAGAGAGAGAGAGAGAGAGAGAGAGAGAGAGAAACACACGCAUGUCAUCACGUCAUCGGUGCCUGAGAGGAUUUUUUCGAAGAAAUCGAGUGUGCGUUGGAAACGGUCGGCUUUUUCAUCGCCUUCUUCUUUUUACGCUACUACAAAAAAAAAAACAACAAAAAAAUACAAACACGAAACUCACUAAUCGUUUGCAUCGACUGCGAAUAUGUGCGCGCCACGCUACGUUGGUCGUGAGUGCCAGGUGAGCCAACCAACCAUGAGCGAAUUACAUCGCCUUUUCUACGGAAUGAAGCUAAAAUAAUAUUCGUCGCUCUGUAAUAAUACAUCGUCGUUUGCUCUGCGUGAAAACGCCAGUGCGAAUCGACUAUCUUAUCUACUUUACUUAUCCCACGCCAGUUUUUUCUUUUUUCAUCGAACAACCAUUAUAUCGCGUUGCUAAUAUCCACCGAAAUUGCGUUUCUCAUUCUUGUCGCGACGACAACGUCGUUUGCGGCGCGCAAUAACAUUCCCGUUCCUUGCCGCUCUUUUUCUUCAAAGGAUCGAUCAAUCGAAUAAUCCGAGGAUUCGGUGCGAGAGUUAGCUAAGUCACUUAAUUUGUAAGGCCACUUUAAAUAAAAAUUGUUUAAAAUGGAUCUUAUGAAUUACGGAUUUGUCGCCUCUUGCAACGAAUUCUUCAAUUGUGACAGCGAGGUGAUUAUGACACUGCAGAAAAAUUUCAAUGAUAAAAAUAAGUUCUCAGUGUAAUUGAGUCUCUAAUAAUCUUGAUUAUUAGAGGCAUUAAUUUUAUUUUUUUUCCUAAUUGUGCUUAUAUAAGUAAAAUUGUAAAAUAUGCAAUAUCUUAUAUUUUUUUUUAUAUUUGUUUUAUAUUUAACGACAGUCAAAUUAAGAUUUAACAUAUCGACAUACUCGAAAUACGAGAUUAUAUAUUUAAUAUAAUUUUAAAAAAUAAAGAAAAAUAAGCAUAGAAAAAAAGAUUAUUUUAAUUCAAAUUCCACAUGAAACGUAUUUCUGGAAAAAAGCAUGUUAUUACUAAUAACAUAUGAUAAAUAACAUUAUUAUUGAUAUUAACUAGCAAGAUCUUAAAAGGUUUUCUAGUCAGAAAUACAUGAGAGCGAAUUCUAUCGUUGAAAAAUCUGAUGAAGUCACAUUUGCCUUGUAAGAUCAUAAAAUUAAUGAUCGACCCUGCACUUUUUUCGGGAAGUGAUUAUACUUUCAACAAUGACAAAGUGCCCCGCUUAGACAGAGACAGAGAUUCCUCCUCUUUCCCCCUUUUCUUGUGCAGUAGACCGUUUCCAUCACGCGCUAUUCUCCUCAACCUUUGUGUAUCUGCAAUGUUCUUUUGGAGAGACACGGAAAAGCGCUUCACGCUGCAGCUGAAUGAUAAUUUAUUUGACUGAAUAGAGUUUUCAAGACGAAAAAUCGUUCCCGAGGUUGUUCUGUUUCGUAAUGUAAGAAAUUUUUGUCUCGCUACAUGAAAUAAAAAUACGGAGCGAUCGAAGACGCAUAAGCCAACGAAAAAAAGAAAAAAAGAAAAAAAAACCAGUUUGAUACUUAAGUAUGCGUUUAGUUAAUGUGUACAUAUAAAAUACAUUAGCCGCAGUGUGAAGAUUCGCUCGUCUCAAUCUGUCAAACAUCUUUUUUUAACACUGAGUCGAGUCGAUGCAUAGUUUAGCGACGCGUUAAAUUACGUGAAGUCAAGUCAUAAAAAAAAUUUUGAAAAGCAUUUUUUACGAACUUACAAAAUUAGCAUUUCAGCAAGAAAUUUUCGUUAUUAAUUAUAUUGAAAAAAAUGUUUAUAAAUAAAUUCAUAAAAUUUCAAUUUGAGAAAUAAAGAGAAAUGUAAUUAUUUUGUAUUUUAAUUUUGUGAUCUAUUUUGAUGCGAUAAAUUUAAAUUUAAAAAUGUGUAAAAAACAGCUUAAAUUAAUUUAUAUAUAUAUAAAGAAUUAAAUUAUAUGUAAUCGAUAAAUUUUUAAAUUUGCGAAUAAAUUGCGAGAUUAAUCGACUCGACUCGUAAAAAGCCCCUUUUUUCUUUGUCAAAGGAACAAUGGUGGUGAUGUGAGUCUCGGUUUGAGUGAGUGGUAAGUACGGGUGGUGUUCACGGAAUUGAACCUCAACUCUCUAGAUUCUUGACUUGCGCCAUUUUCUUCAUUCUUUCCUUAUUACAUCUCGCCGAUUCUCGCAUCAAUCGUAGAGCGUUCGAUCUCAGGAGAUUUUCUAUUUCGCGUAACCACUUCUAUCAUUCUUUGAAAUUCUUUCUGCUAUUAUGUCAUUCCGUUUAUAAACAUUUGAGCAAUUUGUGGAUUGUUAAUAGUAUAACGUCUUGAUACUGCACUGUUGCAAUUUACGAUCGGACACGCUCGGUUUCUUUUUGUCCUCUGUACAAGACGGUUUUAACGGACUUUCCUAUCUUCAACUUUUGGCACUUCCCGAAUUUCUUUUAUCUAUCUCUCGUCCACUUAACAUCUCUAUACCUUCUAUCUAAUAUACUAUGCUCUUAUAAAUCUCUAUUCAGGGUGUCUAUUGAUAAUGUUACUCAGACUAUCUGUUUUACUGUGUCUACUAUAGUUUCUGUCGUUAGGUCCACCUAUAAGACACGCUGUUCCUAGAAGCUAAGAUCGUCCUGACUUUAAUGUAGUCAGUUGAAAGUAAUUGUGUGUCAUUUUAACGGAGCAGCUAAAGUCGAUUGUAUCGUUCAUCUAUCGAUUCGAAUUAUGUCAGUUAAUUUUAACCCUAGCUCUUAGAUUAUUAUUUGUCUCUUUUAGAAAUUAGCAUAAAAUGAAUCGAUCGAACUGAGAUAUAAAUUAAUUGACAUCGGCGAAAUCGACUACGUGUCGUUUAUUGGUCAGUUUCAUCAGUGUCGAUAAAUUUUUCACUUUUAGUUUUCGAAUGGUUGUUUAUCUCUUUCCUAAAUCUAGAAAGAAAGAAAAAGAUCAAUUAUCAGAAUUAAUCGAUAUUAGCAAAAUUUGACACUGUUUUCACUGAGAUUGGUUGACUUCCGUUCUAGUUCGAUCGAUUAUACUAAAAAAAAAAAAAAAAAAAAAAAAAGAGGAAAAAUCGAUCGAAUUAGAAUUAAAGUUAACGACAGAGAGAUUGCCCGUGUAUAUAUAUGAUGAUAUGUUGUUUACAUCGUUAUUGUUCGAGGUGUGUGUGUGGUUAGCGCGGUGACGAAAGGAUCGAUUGCUUGCUUCCUGUAUUGUUGUCUUCAGUAGGCACCCUGCUGCUGGUUUCCGUUCUUUCGACCACCACUCUCGCCCGCUACCAUCUACAUCCGGUAUCACCACCGACAUCUUCUCGACAAACAAAAACACGAAAGAAAAAGAAAAGAAACAAAAACAAAGAAAUGAAACGAAAUGAAAACAGCAUUGAAAGAGCGCGCCGUACAACACGUGUACGUACCUACAUUAAAUGAUCUACGCAUCGUUAUUAUAAUUCCUUUAUUUUUCAGGGGUUGUCUUUCCGAAUCUCCCCCGCGAAUACUCCGUUACUUUACUCUCUUGCAAUUACAGCGCUUCGUUCACGUCUCUUCCGAGGGCUCCAAGGAUCGUUGACCGCUCAAGGAAACACACAAGUAAAGUCAUUAAAAAUUAUAAAAUUAUCCAAAAAGAACAAUCUCUCUUUUUUCAAGUGCCUGAUUAGAUAUAAUAUUCGGAUUCGCGAGAUAUAUGUAACGUUUUCCAAAAAAAAAAAAAAAAAAGAAAAAAUCGAAAAGCGAUGAAAAAACGUGGUUAAUCGAUCCAUCGAAAAAACAAUCGAGCUGGAGCAUCGAUCGCGCGAUUUUCUUUUAGAAAAAUGAGGAAAAAUAUUAAGAUAAAAAUAGAAAAAUAAAAAAACCGGAAGUUUUUAUAUAAAAUUUGGAAAUUUUAUAUUUUCUUUUAAAACGAGAAUAAUUACGACUAAACGAAGUCGAUAAUUGCGCAAUCGAAACUCCGGAGUUUUUUUUUUCCUUUUUUUUUUUUAUACUCGUGACAAGAGAGAAGCAUGUUUCACGCGGUACCUCGCACUCGGCGAUUCGGCAGGACAAUCUGAAGGCAGAAUUUGGAGAUGUAGAAGUUCUGUUAUUUAUUGAGUGUCAUAUUAUCGACUUGUUCCGAAUAAAGACGUUCUGUGGAAAGUUCGACAUUUUUGGGCAUAGUCUGCUGUUCUGGGAUAUGUCAUCGUAGCGAUCUCGCAAUCACAUUUUUCACGACUGCCGAUUUCGUGUUCUCAAUAACGUCUCACGCGUAUAUUUUUAUAAUUAUAUAAUUCUCGAUGUCUAUACAAUUAUACAUAUUCUCGUAUAGAUAUAUACUUAACUGAUUAAUUAUAUUGAACUCGAAUAUUAUCGCUGGGAUCGUAUCCCAGAAUUGCGGGCGACAGCCACAUAUUGUUUCAACCAAUCACAGCAAUCUCAUCGCUGUUGGACCUAUUCGGUCCCUUGCCUCAAGGCAGGCGAUUGUUUGGACCUACCGUCCUAGAGUCGAGGAGUCGCAAUCUCCCGAUUUUCUCUCAUCCUUAAUCGAGACGAUGAAAAGGAAAACGAACGAACUCUCGUUUGAGAUUUCUAGUUUUCAGUUUUGAAGUUCAAGCGAUGACUGGAAAACGAACACGAAAAUAAAAAUUGCGUUACAAGUAAAAUUUGAUUUCUUAAUAAAUUUUUAUUUUUUUGUUCAUUAAAAUUAAUGUCAGAAAAUAUAUUUUUUUACUCGACAUCGCUCAAAUUAUUAAUUAUAGUAUCGAUGCAUUUUUUAUUUUAUAUUGACCGUAUUAUAUUGUAGCUUUUUUCAUAUAUUUUUGUAAGGCAAAUAAUUCUCUAAAUGCAUUUUUAAAUAAAUAUUUUGCUUCGGCAUCCUCUUUCCAGUCAGUGGCUCAAAUCUAUUCAAGUUUCGCAUAAGAUGGAAGAAAAAGUCUGGGAGUUUGGCGGUUCUCGGCUCGGUGGACGCGUGGCUGGACCGAGAAACAAUAUUAAUCAUAAUAAUCGGUUAACGAAUCGCGGGUAAACCGUAUUAACCGAUCGAUCGUUCGGAACGUCGAAACGAGAGAAGAUUGCCAGAUGUGUAGAGCGAUGCGAUUAACACGUAUCUCUCUUCUGGAUGAAAUCUUUCAGAAUGCUUUCUGAUUGCUUGGCUUCUGUAGAGAGAGACACGCAUCCCCAAUUAACACCGAUUUUAACAUUAGUUUCAUAAAUAAAUUUAUAAAAAUACCGAACGCUCAUUCUUGCUGUUUGAGGAUUAAAAUUAUUUCGAGCAUCAGCGACUUGGCACAAUAAUUAAAUCUAUAUACAUUAAUUUUAGAAUUAAUAUCCCUAAAAUAUUUUUUGCACAAUAUUUUUCAUUAUUAUUAUCAAAUUUUUUCUCGUGUUGUCUUCAAAAUCGAAAAGGUCAACGAUUGGCUUCAUCGUACGCGAUUUCAGUUAUGUCAUCGAAUAAUCACGAGUGUUUUUAAAAUUGCCCGCAUUUUUAUUUUUUUUUUCUCAGUUGAUGUCAAAAUUUGCGAGACUGAACAACGCGCCUCUCGUCUUCGACAGUUCGAUCGUAUCGUAGAAUGCUUAGCUGGCUCUAUAUAUAUAUAUUUAUAUAUAUGUGUAUACCAAAUAUCGUCCUGUGUCUCUUGCGCUCGCACGCAAGGAUCUUGCCUCUUCCACCCCCGUCUCCCUGCCCUCUCUUAAUAUCCUCUUAUAUCCCCCUUUACGCUAAUAAUGUCUUUACACACUUGGUGACAGCGGAUGCACGAUAUUCGCUCUCGUGGGGAUCGCUUUUGCUCGGCGAACCGGUAACACGGUAUCGCUCUUUGUCAUCCUAAUACUAUAUCAUCCUGCGAUUCGGUCCAUUCGGGAGUAAAGCGUGUCUUUUCGACGACAGUGCUUCGACGCUUUUCUCUCUCUCUCUCUCUUUCUUUCUCUCUCUCUUUCGACUAUUUUAGCGUUACGGUAAUCUGUGACAAUUAUUUUGCAACAAAAUUCAAACAAAUCAAAAUCUAAUAUCGAUCUGUUUAGCGUAGAUUUUUCAUUGAAUAUUUUUUGUUCAUAUAAAUGUUUAUUACCUCAUUAUUUUUAUAAUGAUUAUAAUAAAUACUAUCGAAGUAUAAUUAUUAUUAUAUAAUCUAUUACUUCAAUAUUUAUCAAUUCAGUAUAGUUAUAUUUUUGCAAAAAUUUUAGUUUUUUUGCGCAUGAUUUUGUUAUUUUAUCGAUAAUUUUAAUGAAUAUUUUAUAUUUUCGUUACUUUAUGAUUUCGAAUAAGAGAUUUACGCGAAUCAUGCGUGUAAUUUUCUACGACUUAUAUAUAUAUAUAAGACUUAACAACGCGCGUUGUCGAGACGUUUUAUCGCGAUUACGAUGUUUAAUUAGACAUAGCGUUCGCUUAAUUGCUAUUCGCUUAAUGAACACAACGACAGUUAGAGCGUCGGAUACACGUCGUCCUAAUGUCCGCUAAGAACGGCACCUCGCAAGAAAGUGAGACCGAUUUUUCGCGAACGCAAUCGGAGGAGAGUUGAUCUCGCGGACAAAGACUUGUUUUUGCCGCCGCUUUAUUUCCGAAGCGAGGACCGAACGCGGGUACACUAGACGUAGCUUCUAUCCUUCUACAACCUUGUUGUUUUCAGCCGACUGCGUACGAGCAGAACGGACAAUAAUGAUCGAGGAAGGAAAGAGAGGGAUAAAAGAAAGUAGCAAAGUGACACGAAUGUGUAUAUCCAUUCAGAUUGAUUAAAUAAAGUCGUUCGAAAACGAAAGUGUCGAAGCAUCGGAGCGAUUUUGCGAUCGAAGUCAUGCAAUGCAAUUGGGAAGAUCGAUAAUCGAUUGAAAGACAGAAGCAAAAAAAAAAAA